AUGAAAGCAUCACGACUUCUUCAUCUUCGUUGUUUGCUUCAAACUCGUUCACAAUGUCGAGGCAACAGCAUUCUCGCGCAAGAACCAUCUGGUCCAAAAAUGAAAACAGAAAUUCCUGGUCCAAAAUCACAACAGUUUAUGAAAGAAUUAGAAAAAACUCAAAAUCCAUUGAGUACAAUAUUUGUUCUUGAUGUUGAUAAAUCUAUUGGAAACUAUGCUGUUGAUACUGAUGGAAAUAUUAUGUUGGAUGUUUAUGAGCAAAUUGCUUCUCUUCCUUUAGGUUACAAUCAUCCAGCUAUUCAAAAAGUUUUUCAAGAUUCAAAUAAUCUAAGUCAACUUGUCAAUCGACCAGCACUUGGAGUUCAUCCAACACCUCAAUUUAUAAAACAAAUUGAUCAAACACUUCUUCCAAUUGCACCUAAAGGUCUUGAAUGUGUUCAACCAAUGAUGUGUGGUUCAUGUUCAAAUGAAAAUGCAUUCAAAGCAAUUUGUAUUUGGUAUGCAAAUAAGAAUCGUAGUGGAAAAUCAUUCAAUGAAGAAGAAUUAACAUCAUCAAUGUAUAAUAAAGCACCAGGAUGUCCAACGGUCUCGUUAAUGUCAUUCGAAGGAGGUUUUCAUGGUCGAACAUUUGGUGCAUUGGCAUGUACACAUUCCAAACCUAUUCAUAAACUUGAUAUUCCAAGUUUUGAUUGGCCAAUUGCACCUUUUCCAAGAUAUAAAUAUCCAUUAGAAGAAAAUCAACGAGAAAAUCAAAAAGAUGAUGAAAGAUGUUUAGCUCGUAUCGAGGAAUUAUUUCAUGAAUAUAAAAAAAAAUCAAAUCCCGUAGUUGGUGUUGUAGUUGAACCAAUUCAAAGUGAAGGUGGUGAUUUUCAUGGAAGUCCUACAUUUUUUCAACGUCUUCAAAAACUAACUAAACAAAACAAUGCAGCAUUACUUAUUGAUGAAGUACAAACAGGUCUUGGUGCAACAGGAAAAUUCUGGGCACAUGAACAUUUUAAUUUACCUGAAUCACCUGAUGUAGUUACAUUUUCAAAAAAAUUUCAAACAGGUGGUUAUUUUGCUAAAUCUGAAUAUCAACCAAAACAGCCUUAUCGUAUAUUUAAUACUUGGAUGGGUGAACCAGCUAAAUUAUUAGUACUUGAUGCUAUAUUAAAAACUGUUAAACAAGAAAAUUUAAUUGAAAAUACAAGAAAAACUGGUGAUGUUCUAUUGAAUGGUUUAAAAGAUUUAAAUAAAAAAUAUUCACAAUUAAUUCUUAAUCCACGUGGUCGUGGAACAUUUUGUGCAUUUGAUAUGCCAAAUGCAUCAGUUCGUGAUAAAUUUCUUGUUCAUAUGAGAAAUGCUGGUAUUCAAAUGGGAUCAUGUGGUGAUGUUGCUAUACGUUUUCGUCCAGCAUUAAUUUUUACUGAAAAACAUGCUAAUAUUGUUCUUGAUAAAAUGACUGAAGUAGCAAAGAAAUUUUAA